GUUGCGCGUUUCGUUCGCUGCGUAUUUUUCGGGCAAGUUGAUCAAGUCGCCAGUCGCGGUUUGUGUAUAGAGUUUCAACAGGCGCACCCCAUCCGCAAAGGAGCAGAUUUUGCGGUUUGCGUAACCAAGUGGGCGUGUGUGAGUUUUCUCUAAAGUGUGUGUGGCUGAUAUUUACCGUGUGGGUGUCGUGACCGAAGGCAAAAGAAAAAUAGUGUCUGUGGGUUGAUAAAAAGGAAGCAAUAAAUCGAAACCGAAAUCCAAAACAGUGACCUCAAGUGCGUAAUCAACUCGCAUCCACACGGCACGCAGGAAGCUCUUCCGCCACUGAGGAGCGUGUUCCGUCGCCUCCGGUCCGAUUUUUCUCGGUGUCCUCUCACACCACUCCAACGCAAAGCAUUUCGUUCAGCCCUAAACAUUUGAGAUAUGGCCAAUCUGAUCACAGUGCGUCUGCAGCGUACCGACGGACAGGCGUGGGGAUUCCGCCUGCAGGGUGGCAAGGACUUCUCGGCGCCGCUCGUUCUACAGAGGGUUAACGGUGGCAGCGUGACCGAUCAGGCCGGUCUGAUGGCCGGCGAUGCACUGAUCAAGGUCAACGGAACGGAAGUCUUCAACAUGCGCCACAAGGAGGCGCAGGAUGUGAUCGUGGCCGCCGGCAACUCGUUCGAGCUGACUGUGUCCAGAGGUGGAGCCACCUGGAAACCCUCGGUGACGCCGACCGGAUCGCUGCCGUCACCGUCGCCAUCGCUGCCGGGCAACAUCACCCCGGUAACUAGGACCUCGUUGGCCGCAACGCCCCAGGAGAUGAAGCCCAUCGGCAGUGGCCACAAUAAUGCCGCCAAACCGUUCGCAGCCGUUAAUGGAAACGACGGACAGAUUAAGAGCAUCGUCAACAACCAAUACAACACGCCGGUGGGCAUGUACAGUGACGAGACGAUCGCGGAAACGCUCUCCUCGCAGGCGGAAGUCCUCGCCGGCGGUGUCCUCGGUGUGAACUUUAAGAAAAACGAACGCGUCUACUCACCGGCCAACUCCGAGGUGUACAAGCUGCUGCACGAGCAGGGUGACGAUCCCGAGCCAGAUAGUGUUUAUUCCAACAAUUUCCAUUACUCGGUCAACAAACUCGAAUCAGCGUCGUCGCAUUUCUACGCCACGCAGAGCCACGCGAUCGGUGGGUACGCGACGGCUGGCCGGCUCCCCGUCGGCCCACUGACCGGUCAGCGUCCGCGGGGUCCUUCACCCCUGCCGCGGUCACCGAUGAUGCCACAGGGAACCGUCGGAGCUCCACCGCAACUGCCGGCCUUCCAACAGCAGCAACCGCAGCAGCCAGCCAAGCCACCGGCACCAGCUCCAGCUCACGCCGCUCCGGCACCCGCCGGCUCGGCGUUCCGGCCUGCCCCGAACUCGGCACCCCGGGCCGGCAUCCCACCGAGGGUUCACAACGAUGGCGUGUUCGUGCGCAUCAAGGACAAGAACCUGCACGCCGACUGCUUCAAGUGUGCCACCUGCGGCACGUCCCUGAAGAACCAGGGCUACUUCAAUCUGAACGACAAGCUGUACUGCGACAUCCACGCGCGCCUGGCGGCCCUCAACAGCCCGCCGCCCGGCACCAACGGCAUGGUUCCGUUCACUGUCACGAAACCGGGCCACAAAACGGGCGUCCAGGCGAUCUCGGCCGCGCUCAACGCACACGCCAACCUGAACGGCCGCUCGCAGUCACCGUACGGUGCUAAUGGCACCGUCAGUCAAUCGCCGUCCCACUCGCGAUCAAGUAGCACCACGUCCUCGAGCGGCUACUGCAACUCGAGCUCCCUAUCGCCGGUCCCUUCGACCAAGGUGUCCCCGUUGCAUUCGCGGACCAGCAGCGAGAACGAGCUGAUCGAUCGGAACCCACCGCCACCGUCGCCUCCGCUCCUGCUUCCACCGCCACCACCACCGCUCCCGUUUGCCAGCCAACCGUCGGCCAGCAUGGAGGACGCGUCCGAUAGUGCGCUGCCGUUGCCACCGCCACCGGAAGAGGGGGCGACACUGGUGUUCGGGGCCAACGGGUUGGCCACGCCGGCCGCGGCCGAACCGCCGGCUCCGGAGGGGGCCACGGUGACGGACAACGACUACGGUUUCUACUACCAAACGAUGGGUGGCCACGUCAUCCGCAGCGUGUUCCCGCCGGGCAAGAGCUCCAACUACAAGGUGAACCAGAACAACAUUACGCCGAAACCGUUCGGUGCCCCACUUCCGGUGAGCCCGUUGGCGCAGGUCCAACCACCGGCAUCGUACCCGCCGGUGGCCGGCAGCGUCCCGACCCCGUUCUCGGCCGCCCUCACCGGCCAGACGCCGGCCCCGGCCCCGGCCCCGAUGGUCGCCCCGGCCCCGGCUCCGGUUGUGGCCCAAGCCCCGGCCCCGGCCCCGGCCCAGGCCCCAGCGCCGGCAGUCGCUCCUUUCGCUCCGGCGACCGUGCCAGCUCCACAAGAUGGCGCUGAUGAGCCUCCGGAGAAUGAUCCUACGGCGGCGGAGGAAGAAGCGGCCGGUGAAUCGCCGGUACCGUUGUUUGCGUGGCCACCGAAACCAUCCGUUCCGGAUGCGAUCCCGACGGCGACACCGAUCUACGUGGCGCCGCCCGAAACGCAACGCGUCAUCAUCAAGCCGCUGACGGUGGUGCCGCCGCCGCCCCGGGCGAAAGAACCGUCGGAUGGAGCGCCGCCACCUGACGAACGGCCAAACCCCCCACAGGGCCAGAGUAAGUCAGCGCCGGAGCUGAGCGCAAGGGCGCAAGAGGACGAAGAGGAUCUCUCGUCCGACUCGUUCGGCAUGACCGCGACGACGGCGGCCACGUCGGCCUCGUCCGAGGAGUACCGGAUGUAUCAGACGCAGACGUCGCAGCCGAUCGUGACGUACUACGACACGCCGCAGUACGAGGUCCUCGAGCGGCCCUUCUCCGGGUCCGGGCCGCGCAGCAGCGCCCAGGCAAGUACCGGCGCCAUGUCCGACGCGUCCUACACGCACUUUGUGUUCCGCGAUCCGCCCCCCGAGGAGGAGGAGGAGGAGGAGCAGGAGCAGGAGGAAGAGGAGGAGGGACCCCCGCUGGGGCCGCUGACCGACGCGAGCUGCUGCCAGCAGCCACCGGCGCCGUCGGCGGCGCCCGAGAAGCGCGUCGAGUUCGUCGACUACAGCCGCGAGCUGCAGCGCUACCUGCGGGCGGAGCAGGAAGCUCGCGAAGCGGCCGCCGCCGCCGCCGAAGCAGCCGCCCGGCCCCGGGAGGAGCCGAAGGAGGAGCUCCCGCACUACGAGCUCCCGUUCAUCCGGCCCACCGAACCGCCGCAGCUGCCCCGCUCGGCCAUCCCGAACCCGACGCCCAAGCAGUGGCAGUCGGCGCUGGUGCAGGCCCUUUGCGUCGCGCCCCGCGAACCGAUCCACCUGACGGCGGCCGAAAUCGAGGAGGCGAACUUUAUGCGCUCCCGCAACGAAGCGUACCGACGGGAGCAGGAGGACACGAAGCGCCGCCAGCUGGAGGCACUCCGGCGCCAGGUGGACGCGCUCGAGCGCCGCCUCGGCCAGCAACAGCCGCCGGCGGCGGCUGAACCGACGCCGCCGCCGCCGCCAGGGCCGCCGCUCGAGGUGCCGCGCACCGGCUCGGUCAUGGCGCAGGUGCUGGCCGGGGCGGCCCAGUCGACCGUCCGGUCGGAGCGCUUCCCGGCCCGCUACGUGCCGCCGCCGGUGCCACUGCCGGCCGCCACCCAGCCCUACUUCCCUCCUCCCCACUCGAUGGAACCGAUCCGCGUGGAGCGGAUCUCCUCCGGCCAGGCCCCAUCCCCGUUCGUCGAGGCGCUAAAGACCGCCCCUUACACCCCGUUUCAGGCGUUCGGUCGCGAGAUCCCGUCACAGCUCGAGGACCUGCCCGCCGUGCCGCCCGAGGCCGUGGCCGCCGGGCGGCUCUCGAUGAUGGAGGCGCUGGCCACGGCACCCGACCGCCCGUACACCCCGUUCUCGGAGGUGCGCUUCGAUCACCGCACCAACUCGGACGUGUACCGGACGAUGGUGACCGAGCAGCCGUCGGUGCCGCUCGACCCCGACCGCCAGUGUUCGGCGUUCGCGAACGUCGGCGGCAACCGCACCCCGAAACCGUUCGUCCCGAUCCGAGUGCCCGAGAUCCGCGAACCGGAACCGCCGGUGGUGCGCAUCCGCGACCAGGAGGUGGAGGUGGAGGCGGAGGCAGAGGAGCCGGCGCCGCCGCCGCCGCAAGCACCACCUUCGUCGGAGAAGAGCAGCUCGCCGCCGGACGCUCCGACGGCCGAAAGUUCGCGCCGCUCGUCGAAGGGUGACGUGGUGGCCGCGGCGGCCGUGGCGAGCGGCCCCGCGCCUCCAUACCCGAAACGGGACGGGGGCCACCUGGCGGCGGACCUGGGGGCGAUGCCCCACUACUCGCUGGCGCCGCGCCGCGAGACGGCCUCGCCGCUCAACAAACCGGCCGAGAUCCCGCCGUACCAGCGGAAGUGGUUCAACCUGCCGACCCAGAACCCGCCGCACACGCCCGAGCCGGAGGAGCUCCGCUCCAACGUGCCGCUCGCCUUUGUAAAUACUCACUCUAACGCGCACCUAACCAAACCCAUCGCCAAACAGCCGCCGCCGCAGCCGACUGUAAAUAAGCCGCCGACGCCCGGGGGCCACCGGGCGGCCGGCCCCUACACGACCAUCCAGAACCGCGCCAUCCCGGUCGCGCAGCCGCCGACCGGGCCGGGCGGCCAGGUGGAGCUGGACGCCGAGCUGGCCCAGUACACCAGUGCUCACGCGCGUCUCCAACACAAAGGUGUCAUCGACCGCGGCCAGUCCUUCACGCCGUCGCUCAUCCUCACGAAGCACGCGACCAGCAUCCCGUACUACCAGCACCAGCUCGGCUUCGAGGAGUACUUCGCGGAGGUGAAGCAGUUCGACGGCCACACGACGCCCCAGCCGAGCCGCACCCGAUCGCCGGCGUUCGGGCCGCCACCGAACCCGCUCAAGCCGCACGUGCCGCCGUCGCGCGAAGGCAUCCCGGUCGAGUCGGGGCUCUACCUGUCGAUGGGCAAACUGCACGGCGUGCCGUGGUACGCCCAUCGGGACCACGUUCCGGCCGACAUCCAGCAGAAGAUGCAGCAUCAGCUGGCGGCCGAGGCAACGCAGCGCUUCAGCCGCAGCGCCGCCCAGCAGCAGCAGCAGCAGCAGCCGCCGCCGCCCCAGGUAACUAUGCAACACGCCGAGCAGCAGGCGGCGGCCAGCGGCCAACCAAGCGCCCAGCAGGUAGGCAAUGCGCUGAUCCAGAAGCGCACGCGCUUCGUAGAAGAGGACGCUGAGUCCGGUAGCCGUAGUCAGUCGAUAGCUCGAGGACAGACCACCGCAGACCCUGCCGCCGACAGCUCACGGUAUUCUUCCAAAAUCAAGGAAGACGAGGCGCCCCAGCGGGGCUUCGUGGCCCAGCAGACGCGUCGCUUCUCGGGCCACGAUGAGGCAUCGCUUGGCACCGCGGCACCAGCGCCGCCUUCGGAGCAGGAGCUGAGAGCCGCCGAGCAGCAGCAGCAGAUUCAGGCGCUGAUCGAGCAGCAGGAGCGCGCCGAGGAGGAAGCGCAACGGCAGGCGGCGGAAGCGGCCGCCGCAGCCCCACGGCCACCGAUCCGGCACGUCGAGCCACCGAUCCCGAAACCGGCACCACCACCUUCGGCCUUCCCGUCGACGCGGCUCUUCGACGAGGAGCAGUACGUGGAUCAUUUCCCGACCAAGAGCGCCCGCAAGGUGAGCGUCCUGCUGUCUGCGGGGCGCCCCUCCCCGGGAAGCGGCCGUGCCGGUGACUGUCCCAGUCCGUCGUCGUUCAAGGCACAGUUCAACGAGUUCAUCAUCGGUGCCGCUCCGAUGCCGGCGAUGCCGGCGGUACGCGAAGAGGAUGACGGGCGCCCGCAGGACAUGCGCACCGACACGCAGAAGCUCAUCCAAUCGUGGCCACCGCAACUUCCGCCUAUUACCAGCGCCGCCACUAACACGAACGGUGCGCCGUCCAGUGCCGCUGCCGCCGCCGGUCCCGAUGGACGGGCACCGACGGUGGCGGCCGGUAACGGUAGUGCCACGUCAAGCAAACCGUCGAGCCGCAGUAACAGCAACGCCUUCCUAGAGUUCCUCAAUCGACCCUCUUUCACCCCCAAUUCUGAUCGCCGCCACUCCGGUGCAGGUUCGAACGCGUUCAACAAGGGACGGGCGGCGUGCUCCACGUCGGCCCCGAACCGUGGACGGGGCGUGCUGAACAAGGCGGUCGGCCCGGGCGGACGAGUCCCGCUCUGCGGGUGCUGCAGCCAGCAGAUCAGAGGUCCGUUCAUCACCGCGCUCGGACGCAUCUGGUGCCCGGACCACUUCAUUUGCCACAACGCCAACUGCAAGCGCCCGCUGGCCGACAUCGGGUUCGUCGAGGAGAAGGGUGACCUGUACUGCGAGUACUGCUUCGAGGAGUUCCUGGCCCCGCUGUGCUCCAAGUGCAACGGCAGAGUUAAGGGCGACUGCCUGAACGCCAUCGGCAAGCAGUUCCACCCGGAGUGCUUCAAGUGCACGUACUGCGGCAAGCAGUUCGGCAACAGCCCGUUCUUCCUGGAGGAGGGCGAGCCGUACUGCGAGAAGGACUGGAACGACCUGUUCACCACCAAGUGCUUCGCCUGCGGCUUCCCGGUCGAAGCCGGCGACAAGUGGGUGGAGGCCCUCAACAACAACUACCACAGCCAGUGCUUCAACUGCACCAGCUGCAAAAAGAACCUCGAGGGACAGAGCUUCUUCGCGAAGGGCGGACGCCCGUUCUGCAAAAACCACGCUCGCUAAACGGGGUCACCACACACCGGCACCCUUACCCUCACAUUUAAAGUGCGUCAUUUAAUUCGAACGAAACCAAAAACAAGCAAAACUAAUCGACAAAAACCGAGAGAGCGCGCAGAAUUUUCGGUACAAUCCCCAAAAAGUGGCCCGUUCGAGCAGAACUGCUCGAAUGCACGAGCUAGAAAGAGGAACACUUGCGUACAACAUCGCAACAACCGUGCAAGUGGCUUCGGUGGCAUGUGGUGAAAUAUUUCAAGCGACCGUUUUCGAUCAAGGAAAGCCGAGAGCGAGAGAGCGAGAGAGAGAAAGAGAGAGAGAGAUGGUUGAAAGAUUGUAGAAUACAUGAAUGAAUAGCACGAAGGUAUGAGAGAGAGAGAGAGAGAGAGCGAAAGAUAGGGGUUGAUUUUUAACGAAAAGUUACACAAAACAAGAGAUGAUACAUUACUAAGAGCAUCGCAAAUUUAUGCUAGAUUCAUAGAGAGCUUUCACGCAGCUGGUGAGACGUUCGUAGGUACGAUAGUGACGGCUUGCGGCCGUCACACAGCAUUCGCAACCGGCGCACCGGCGGAACCGGCGAACUAGGCGAUCCGUUAACGCUUCCGUACCGUGUCCGAAUGUGUCGAUGUUUAACGUUCUUUUCUUCCUUGUACACAGCGCAGCCUCUUACUCUCUUACGCCUUACUUUUACUACCCGAAACUACCGACAGAAGAAGCAUCGCAAGCAUCGCUACUUUAUUUUUCUCUUUGUGUGUGAUACAAAUAUAAUUUUAUUUAUUUAUGGCAAAUGUUGCUGGUAAUCAUAAUAAAGAAAAACGUUGUAAAUUA